AUGUUCCUCCGGAUACGACGGACACACUGGCCCUGGGUCGUCGCCGUCCUCUUCGCUCUUUCCAUCUUUACAUUCUACUAUGCCCAGACGGUCGUCGCGUGGACAGCGACCGACAAUGUCCACAAGCCGGCACCCUACGACGCGCACCCCUUGUUCGCAGACGUCGACCCGAAUCCCUACCAUGCGGCUGGACCAAAGGAGACGGGUCGCAUCCUCGUCGUGGGCGGCAUGGGCAUGCUUGGGAAGCAGCUGAUUCGCCGUCUUCUUGAUGCCGGCAAGGCGGUGACGCUCUACGACGAGGUCGUGUACCCCGACGAGAUUGAUUCCAUCCGGAAAGCGCACCCGAAAGGCAAUCUGAUCAUCUCGCAAGGGCGCGCUGAUCAUCUCGCAAAGGACCUCCCGAAGGCGCUGACGCGUGACGUCGUCGGUAUCGUCAACGUCGCGGGCGUCAGUCGCAUUGCUGAAUGUGCGGCCGACGUUGAGCGCUGUCGCCGCCUCAACGUCGACCACGUACAGGAGCUUGUGUCUCUGAGUGCGGCGCGUGUGCGGUGGUUCAUCGAGGCAUCGACAACUGAGGUCGUCGUGCCCAAGGGUGACGGUCUGAUCAACGAGCUCGCGCAGACCAAGCUCGACGCUGAGAAGUGGCUCGCCGAUUUCGCCAGCAACAACGCCUCUGCUAAUGUCCACGCGGCCGCGCUGCGUUUCGCGACAAUCUACGGCAGCGUCAACGACCACCCCGAUCGACUUGCGCUCAGCAUUGUGCGCAACGCGCUCUCUCACCGGACAAUCCAGAUGGUCGCAGGACACCAGACCGUCGACCUGCUCCACGUUACGGAUGCGGUGAGCGCAAUCGUGCUCGCCAUGAAUCACCUGGCGACCAAGCGCGGCCCGAGCUCGAUGGAUGUCUUUACCGUUGCGCCGAACCAGCCACAGACCGUUCGCGCGCUGAUCGAGAAGAUCAUGCGCCUGACCCGCUCCAAGAGCCCAGUCAUGACGAUCCCUCGAGACGGGAUGUACCCCGAGGUCGCCCCCGCCGAGGUUGGAACGAGAGUGCCAGGCUGGGAGCCAAAGGUGACGGCCGACGACGGAUUACUCAAACUCGCAACCAAGUUGACGGAGGAGAGCGUCACGUUCCUGCACAAGAAGCGCGAGGCGAGCUGCCACGUCAAGCACAGCUACAGCAUCGCCGACGUCUUUGCGCUGGAAGGGUGCUCGGGCUCUCUCGCGAUGGAGAACAAUGGCUACGUCGCCUUUGCGCACAUCAAGGAGGGGCAGGAGAAGGACGGCGUCUGGCCCGAGCCAGAGAGUGUAUGGCGCGAGACCGACAUGCCGACGGAUUGGACGUUCCACGUUUCUCGCUCGGGACGCGACUUUGAACUGUCGUUGACCGGGUCCACACGCAAGCGCGAGCCCGCCAUGAACGUCACCUUUGAAGGACACGCGUUCCGCAUCAAAGCAGUCGACGCCGACACGGGGUACCUCACACUGUCGCUGAGCACGGGUGCACCAUACGCGCCGCAAAAGUUUGACAACGACUGGGAAAACGCACCAGAGGAUACCGGUCUGUCAAGCACUGUGUUCCGCCUGACGCCGUGGUGCUGCCCGACUGCCCCGCCAUGGCCGUUCUACGAGGACGACCCGCUGUCCAGCUUCAUCAUGGACGAGCGGGACCAGUACCGGAUCAAGUGGGGCAAGACGCGGCGCGACGAGUUCUGCUCCCGGCUCGAGAAGGCACACACUCUGGCCGAGGAGCGUCUCAACGUCCUCCGCACGACGCAAGUCCCGCUCACCGGCGGCGAGAUCCCCUCCUCCCUCGCGGGCGACUGGAAGGCGCGCUCCUACGACCGCACCUGCACGAAUCUCUGCGACCACCCCACGAUCUGCGUCGACACGGGCGACUGCAUGUGUGUCGAGGCGGCGUGCCCCACGCGCUCUCGUACGUUGCCAGGCAAGUUGGAGUGGCGAGACGUGCUGCGCCCCAACGCGCGACGGUACUUCAACCUCCGCCCCGGUCUGCCCGCGAUCAACGUUACGCGUGUGCCCGAGGAUAUCGAGAACCAGCGCGAGAAGGAGGACCCGGACCACUUCGACCGCCUCCAGACCGAGUGGCAUGGGUGCUACUCUGCCGACUCGGUCGCGGAGCGCGCAGCCAAACUGAUCUCGCAACCAUUCAAGAACGACAUGAUGGUCUUCCUGCCGCAUUGGGAGUACACGCUGCGUUUCCCGCCCGUUGUCGAGUGGGCGAAGCAGGCGGCCGCCAAGCAUCUCCCCGAGAGCUUCUACUACGGCCUGCUCCAGGUGCCCUUCACGUUCGACUGGGGCAAGUGCAACACGAUCCUGCACCACCUGACGAAUGUGAGGGAGAAGAGCCGGCCGGCGGAGGAGCUCAGGCUGGCAUCGAGCUGGCAGCCGAUGGGCGAUCUCAACAGCCCCUGCUACAGCCCGGACCAGGACGUGCUCAUCCCGCCCAGGACGUGCAAGCAGGACGAGCUGCGUGCUGCCUUCUCAGACGUGAGCAAGGUGAAGAAGGUCGCCGAGCGCCAGACACUGGCGACGUUCAAGGGCUCGCCGAACGGGCAGGGCACAUCCCUCCGGCUGAAGACAACGUGUCCCCGCCUCCUCCCGCCUGGCAGCCUGGAGCCAGUCUGGGCCCACAUCCCCGAGGGCAAGACGUACCUCGACCUCCUGGGCGAUACGCGCUUCUGCCCCAUCCCCUUCGGCACCGCUGGCUGGACCUACCGCCUCAGCGACGUCGUGUAUGCGGGCUGCAUCCCCGUCCUGGUCGGCGACCAGAGCCACAUGACGUAUUGGUCCAUGUUUGACUGGUCCCUCUUCUCAGUACAGGUGUUCGAACACGAGCUGGACCAUCUCGAGCGCAUCCUAUCCGGUAUAACGGAGGAGGACGCACAGCGGAAACAGGACGCGCUGAUGCUCGUGCGCGAGGCGUUCCUGUACCCCUCCGAGGGACACGUCGAGGAGGCCGUGAAGGCGUACGGCGUGGCCAAAGACGGCAAGGAUGGGAAGGACGGGUGGAAGAACGGAGCCGUGUUCUAUGCCCUCCACGCUGCGCAUCUGGUCCAGAAGACGAGAUACUAUGCGCAGUGGCCUUGGAAUCGGGACGAGUAG